ACGCUUUCUGCCGUAAACUGUGCCGCUUGCAGAACGCAUGGGACGGAGCUGGGACAGCGUGUAGGUCUGAAAUGAUGGAAACUCAAUCCAAAAAGCCUUUUUCUCCUAAAGAUGGAAAGAAGUUCAUGCAGAAAGGAAAGGGAAAAGAUUCCACAGGGACCAAAUUUGGUGGAAAACCAGGCAGCAAAAAGCCCUUCAAACCGUACAACAACGCAGAGAGGAAGAGCCGACCGGGGAAGGGUUGGGAUGGCCGCAAGAAGGAAGCAAAGUUUUCUUUCUCCAAAGCCGGGAAGAGGAAACUGUCAGAUGUUAAAGAUGAAGAAGGGGAGGGCGAAGGUGAGAAAACCCCAACAAACCCUGGAGUUGGUUGCAAUAAGAAGCUGACCGAGGAGGAGCUGAAGAAGAACAGGCAGCAGAGGAAGAAGGAGCUGAAGAGGAACCGACAGGAAGCGGAGAGGAAGGACAUGUUCGAGAUCAUCAAUCAGUCCAAACACAUGUGGGGAGACCUCAGGAGGAAGAACUGCAACAAGGACCAGAAGAAGAAACUGCUGAGGGAGCUUCGUGAUCUGAUCCACGGAAAGAUCAAACAGAUGGCGUUUGCUCACGACGCCGUGCGAGUGCUGCAGUGUUACGUUCAGUUCUGCAACCACGAGCAGAGACAGGAAGUGUUUGAGGAGCUCAAAGAUGAAAUCCUGAGUUUGAGCAAGUCACAGUACGGCAGACAUGUGGUGAAAAAGCUGCUGAUGUACGGCAACAAGGAGCUGCUGGCGGCUGUGAUGAACAAAUUUAAAGGUUACGUGCGGCAGAUGCUCCGGCACGCCGCCGCCUCGACCAUCAUCGAGUACGCGUACAAUGACAAAGCGGUGCUCGCACAGAGGAUCAUGCUCACGGAUGAGCUGUACGGCAACACCUACACCGUUCUGCAAGUCAUACGAGUUAACACCCUCGAGAAAGUCGUGAGGAUGAACCCGGACAAGCUGAACAACAUCAUUGACGAGAUGAAGCAGAUUCUCACACCCAUGGCCCAGAAGGAACAGGUGAUCAAACACUCUCUGGUCCACAAAGUCUUCCUGGAUUUCUUCCAGUUUGCACCUGAGAAACCGAGAACGGAGAUGAUCGAGUCCAUCAGGCAGUCGGUCGUCUACAUGGCCCACACGCACGACGGAGCCCGAGUGGCGAUGAACUGCCUGUGGCACGGCACAGCCAAGGACAGAAAAGUCAUCAUAAAAACUAUGAAGACCUUCAUGGUGAAGUUUGCCACGGGGGAGUUCGCUCACCUGGUUCUCUUGGCCAUAUUCGACUGUGUGGACGACACCAAGCUGGUCAAACAGGCCGUGCUCUCAGAGAUCCUAGCAUCUCUGGAAGAAGUCAUGGGUAACAAGUACGGUAAGAAGGUUCUGGUUUACCUGCUGAGCCCCAGAGACCCUGCUCACCUGCUGCCGGAGAUCAUCAAGAUGUUGGAGCAAGGAGAUGGAAACGCACACAGUAAAAAGGGUGCAGCGACUCGGAGGAAGGAGCUGCUGGACGUCGUCUCCCCACCGCUGCUGGAGUACCUCCGUAACAAUGCAGCCACCAUGGCGAUGGACAAGGCGACCAGCGUCACCAUCAGCGACAUCCUGGCGUCGGCCUGCGGGGACCUGCGGCCCGCCAUGACGGCUGUGGCUCAGCUGGCCAAUCAGGAGUUAGUGCCAGGAGGGAUUAAAGGCCAGCUUCACAUGGCGGAGCAUCCAGCAGGACACCUGGUGCUGAAGUGGCUCAUAGAGCAGGACGUCACGCUGGCAGAGGCCGGCAAGGAAGAGCGGUUUGGGAGGAUCCUGGUGGACACAGUUGGGACAGAUAAGAUGAAAAGCUGGGCCAAAGUCAACAGAGGAGCCAUGGUGCUCUGCAGUCUCCUGAACAGCUGCGAUAAGUCUGUGGCUGCGGAGGUGAAGGCGGCGCUGGAGUCCAUCAGGUCGGAGCUCAGCAGCAUCAGCAACAACAAAGGGGUGGAGAUCCGGCUGGAGAAUCUGAACAAGUAGACUUCUUCUCCCAAACAAACUGCUGAUGUUAAACGCGGCACCGACGCCCGCGUGACUGCGAGCGAUUCUGGAAGCAAAUGGGAACAUUUUUCAGGAAGAGGAUACGACCUGACACACUGCCGUGUAAUUUCAGUGAUGGGAACUGGAUUUGAAUCUGGGAAAUAAGGAAAAGUGUUUGGAAGAGGAAAACCGAUCGUUCACAUUAAAAGCAUAAACUGAACGAUCUGACAGACGGACACCGAAGUGUUUUGGUCACUGAGGUGAGCUCGGAUUCAUCCGGUCAGCCCUCACAUUUGUUAGAUUUUAUAUGUUGUGAGUGAUCAGCUGCAAAGAAAAUGUUUGCAAAAUAAAGACUAUUGUGAUAAUUA